AUGGACAACUGGCUGGCGCCCUGGUGGGACUUCAGCUGGCGCAGGCAGUGCGCUGAGCGCCGAUCGGUGUCCGGCAUCCUUGCCCCGGUGGCUCCUUGCCUUGUGGCCCGGGUGGACCUUAACUGUGGCUCCGUGUGGCCAGUGCAGGCCCGGGUCCGGCCAGCCAGCGCCUUUGGUGGACACACCGACCUGGGGGCAGCAGUGACAAGCGGCCCAAGAACGCAGCGGGCUCAGGUCACGCCUGGCCAGGAGGGCCUGAGCCGCCCCGCCUGGCAGGCUGGCUGUCCUCGGGUGUCUGGGCCUCCCGGGUGUAGCCCUGGGGGCGAGCGCUGCUCACACCCCGCGGAGCCUGGCCGGCGUCCAUCUGGGGCUCGUCAUGCGGUCGCUGGGGACCCGGCGCCGGCCGACCUCGCCCCAGGUGUCUGCAGGUCCUCUGCGGCCCCCUGCCCCACCCCUGCUCAGACCCCUGGGCCCUCCCUCCGCGCCCGGUGCACACCGCAGCAUUGGUGGGGUGGCCUGCAGGUGCGGGGCCGGGUGCCCAAGGGAGGCGGCCACCACCCGCUGGGCACCGCUGUCCCGCUGCCCCGGACGCUGGUGUGGCCGGAGCCUCCAGGGUGCGGUCAGGGGCUGUGGUCCAGGCGGCGCUGCCCUCGCCGGCGGGGGCGGGCUGGGUGGCAGUGCCCAGUGCUGGCCCCGGUGACGGCUCGUCCCCUGCGCAGGGAGAAGAAGUGGGUGACCGUGGGCGACACAUCCCUGCGCAUCUACAAGUGGGUGCCCGUGGCGGAGCCCAAGGCGGAUGAUAAGAGCAAGAAGAAGAAGGGCAAAGACGAGAAGUGCGGCUCGGAGGUGACGACCCCCGAGAACAGCUCCUCCCCCGGGAUGAUGGACAUGCACGACGACAACAGCAACCACAGCUCCAUCGCAGACGCCUCCCCCGUCAAGCAGGAGAACAGCAGCAGCUGCAGCCCCGCCCCCGAGCCCGGCGCCGUGGCGCCCGCGGAUGGUGAGGCCCGCCCUGACGAGGCCGCAGCCGAAGCCAAGGUGCCGCCAGGCGCUGAAGACGGCGCCGACGAGCAGAACCCACAGCCUGCAGCGGAGACCCCGGCCAGCAGCUCGGACAGAGCAGAGCGGCCGCCGCCUGGAGACGCCGCCCUAGCCGCCGAGCCGCCAGCCGCCCCGCAGGACCUGGACGGGGGGCCGCCCCCCAAGAAGCUGAAGCUGGAGCCUUCGCAGCAAAGCCCGGCAGACAUGUAGAGCCGGCGGCCCGGGGCACCGGCCUGGCCCAGCACGACGUGGGCGCCUGGCGCCGACCGGCUGGCGGCCCCUCCCGCUUCCUCUCUGUGCCUUGCGCCCUCAGGCGGCCUCGCAUGCCCCCCGUGUCCGUCUCCCUCCCUCAGCCCUUGGUUCCCUCCCGCCUCCAGACCACGGCCCUCGAGCAGGACCCCAGAGCUGCUUCCCGCCCCUCGGGCUGGGCCAUCUUAGUCGUGCACCCGGGGGCGCCGGUCUCCUGUGGAAGAAAGGGCUGAGGGCCUUGCCGGCUGCGGGGGCUGGUGCUGGGCCCCACCGCGCCCCGCUGGGCCCCACGGGGCUCCCCGGCGCCUCCCGGGCUUCCUCCGCUGCGCGGCCUCUAGGGCUGCCCAGGGCCUGGCCUGGGGCGCCGGUGCUGGGCCCCCGGGGCGAGGCCAGGCUGGCCGCUGAGGGGCGCCCGUGGGUCUCCUGCACUUCAAGAAGAAUCAGAAGUUCCUGAAUCUCAAAUACCUCAUCCAAGGUUUCUCCUGAAAUAAGGGAAGAGCGGACUCGGGCGGCUCCCACUGGAGGCCCGGGGCCUCGGCCCCCACCCGGCCGCGGACGUUUCUCGCCGCAGAGCCCGUCCUGUCCGGUGAGAGAUGCCUCUGGACUCGCCCCUGGCGGCCGGCCGGCGGCAGGGAGGGCGGCGGCGCGGGCCGUCCUCAGCUUUCCUCUGAAGUGCCUGAAGGUGGGAGUGGCUGAGGCGCUGGCAGCCGCCAGGCACAGCCUCGGCCCUGACUCUGCGGCCCAGAAACCCCGAUGUGCUUCCGCCCCGGGCGCCCCACGACCCCUGGGGACCCCCGCCCUCGGCGGCCGCCAGGGCCCCGGGCAGACUGGCUCCCCACAUUCCAGUGUGCCGGCCGCACCCCCGCCCGCGCAGGGGCGCAGAGACCGGCCUUGCCCGACCUCCCUCCCCGUUUUCGGUGUUGUACAGCAGUAUGGUUUUUCACUUAUUUAUUCCAUCGGUAGAUAUGGUUUGUACAAUGUACAAUGGUUCCGUUUCGGAGAAUAAAAACCUUCCAG